AUAGGAGGGCGCGGUGCUCGUCACGUGCGCGACAGGAGUUGCUGCGGCUGUCAUGGCGUCCGGGGGGGACGGCGGGAGCGGAGCCGCCGCCGCCGCUGCUGCUGCGGGCGCGGAGCCGCUGCAGGGUGAAGGCGUUGGGCGCGCGGAGGGCGGCGGCAGCGGCAGCAGCGGGAGCGGCUCGUGUGCCUCCUCCCUGUCCGCGAGCUCCGAUGACCUUGAGCCUGAAUGGUUGGAUGGUGUCCAGAAAAAUGGGGAAUUAUUUUAUUUAGAAAUGAGUGAAAGUGAAGAAGAAACUUUGCUUCAGAACACCUGUCCAGAAAUACCAGCAGUGAAUCAUGUCAGGUUUCGUGAAAAUGAAGCUGAAGUUAUUCAGGAGGGAUCAAGAAAAGAAAGAAAGUAUGAACUGAAGAAAUUGACAAAAAUAUUAAAAAAGAAGAAUCUUUUACCAAAGAAUUCUGGUAAGAAAGGGAGUGCAAGCUGUAAUGUGCACUCCACUGGUCCUACUUCUAUACUGAAACACCAAUCCACUCAGAAAACAGGUGUCACUGUUCAGCAAAAAUACAAAGAUAUAUAUGUUUAUGUAAAUCCCAGAAAACUGUACGGUGCUGGAGAAGAGGAGCAGCACAAGCUUCUGGAGGCCUUGGUAGGCAUAGUCCAUCAGUCAUCAUGGAGCAGCAGAAGAGCAGAAAAACAAGGCAAGAAGGAUAAAGUCAUCAGAGGAAUCAGUGAAGAGAAGCUUGUAGUGCAUGGCUUGGUGCCAGGUAGCUCAGCAAUGAAAACGGGUCAAAUACUGAUUGGAGAUGCUCUAGUUGCUGUAAAUGAUGUUGAUGUGAAUUCUGAAAACAUAGAAAGGGUUUUGUCUUGCAUUCCAGGUCCUAUGCAGGUAAAACUCACAUUUGAAACAUCGAUAUUUGAGCCUGAAGGAACAUCUCAGCAAAGGAGUAAGCGGGCACAGUCAAGUAUGAACAACCUGGUUCGGCUUUUGUGGGGGGAAGACAGCGCGGACCUUCAACAGGCGACACGAGAUGUGCCUCAUAUUGUUAUGUUCCUCUCGCUGAAACUGGACUCCGAAACAUCUAAGGAUGAGCAAGAAAUUCUUUAUCAGUACCCCAUAUCGGACGCAUCCCAAAAACUCAAAAAUGUGAGGGGAAUAUUUAUCACGCUCUCUGACAUACUGGAAAGUGUUACCGGUACCCAGAUUAUCAGUUCCUCUCUUUUCUUGUGUGGAAAACUGGUUCAAGUUGUUUACUGGAAAGAAUGUGACAAGUUACUUGUAAUUGGCCUUCCUGAAGAAAAUGUGCCACUUUCCCAGUUAAGGAUCAUGUUGGAAAAUGUUGUCAGGACCUUAAAAUUUAUGUACAGCUCUUUAGACAGUGCUUUUUGCCAGGUGGAAAAUGUUUCUCGUCUGGAUCAUUUUUUCAACCUCUUCUUCCAGCGAGCACUUCAGCCUGCAAGACUCAACGCAAAUGCCAGCUCCAGUGCUCAACACUAUGAUACCUUCAGUGCUUUAUUCUUAGACAAUCUCCCAGGCUUGCGCUGGCUGACAUUGCCUCAGGAAAUCAAGAUGGAAAUUGACACAGCACUGAGCGAUCUUGAAGCAGCUGAUUUUGCAGAACUGUCUGAAGAUUACUACGACAUGAGAAGAUUAUAUGUGAUUAUGGGCUCUUGUCUCUUCUACAAGGGUUACUUGAUCAGUAAUCACUUGCCAAAGGAAGAUCUUAUUGAUAUAGGUCUAUAUAGCCGGCACUAUUGUCUGUUACCCUUGGCAGCAGAACAGAAGAUUGGUCAGUUGGUGAUAUGGCGGGAGGUAUUUCCACAGCAUCACAUCCAGCCAUGCAAAGUGUCAAGUUUUACAGGAUACAGAGAACCUGAAGCAAGAUACUUUUUAUUGAUAGUUGGCUUGAGACACUUCAUGCUGUGUGUUCUGCUAGAGGCAGGAGGCUGUGCAUCAAAAGCCAUUGGGAAUCCAGGACCAGACUGUAUAUAUGUAGAUCAGGUCAAAGCCACAAUACUUCAGCUGGAAGGAAUAGAUGCCAGCAUAGAGGAAAGGCUAGAUUCUCCUUCCAUUCCACCUUUAUCUUGUGCAGACUGGUUCCUUCCUGCAACACGUGACAAACUGGAGAGCUUGACCACCUCACCCAUCAUAAGCAAGAUACAAAAUGCUUCCAAAAUAGUAACUACUCCAGCAAGCAAAAGGACCCUGUUCGGUGACUCAUCCUUAAUGACACGUAAGCCAAGUCCUACAAGAAGCAGUGGAGGACCUGACCAUGGCAAUGAAGGUCCUGCAGAAGAUGAAAGCAGUAAUCCACAAGCUGUAGCCGAUCAGGUCACUAGAAAAAAACAUACCCUACCAAAUCCAUUUAAUUCAGGAAACCCUAAAAAGAACCUGUCAGAGAAGGAUAUAGAACUUUUUAAUGCUAUCAAGUUGACAUCUGGUCCUGAGAAUACCCUCUUCCACUAUUUAUCUUUGGAAACAAUGCAAGGAAUCUUUAUUACUCCAACUCACAAGGAAGUAGCACAGCUCGGUGGCUCCAUCCACCCACAGUUAAUCGAGAAUUUUCAUCGUUGCUGUCUUUCAAUUCGCUCAGUUUUUCAGCAGUCCAUGAAAAAAGAAGAAAACCUUUUCUUUCCUCUCAGAAGCAACUGAUUGGAACAGAAGUUUAUUGGCAUGGUUGCAAUUGAACCAGAGAUGCCUCAUCUUAACAGUUCUCUUAAAACAGAUUUGUUUCAAAUGGAUUUCCAUGCAUUUCCAUAAUCUCAUCUCCCUUCUCAUGCUUCAAAAAGAAAAUAAGAUACAAAGCUUGUUUUUUUCAUUAUGUAGACAUAUACAAAAGAGUAAUAAACAUCCUUUGACUUCAGGGGGAGAAGAGUUGGACAAGUGACAAACCCUUUCAAAAUUUCUCCUCUGCUUAUCUCAGUGUCUGUUCUGGUCUUUUUCCCUUUCCAUUUCUGAUAAAAAGAAAAGUAGCUUUAUUGGACUUAGAGAACUGUUGAGCACCAAGACAGAGCAAAGUAGGUUUGCACAUGCACUUUGAUCCUUACUAAAUGGGUACCAGGGGUUCAGUUCCACACCUGAACUUUUACAAGUUUUGUUCAAAAGCUCUACAUAAAUCAUAGCCCUCAAAAAAAAAAUAAAAAAUCAACAAAGCACAAAAAAGUACAUCUUAUGCACUUAUACUAAGUGCAAGAAAAUGCUCUGAGCAAAGUAUUUCAACUGUUUGCUUAAAAAAAAAAAAAAAAAGUAAAAGAAACUCCUGCCUGACCAAGUUUAUUGAAUAGGCUUUUACUAUCACAAUUCUUAAUUAGGAAGGCAAACAAAUAAAGGGAGAUGAGAGCUUUAACUGUUUAACGCACUUUUUUUAAUGAAGCUGUAUUAUCUCAAAUGUCUUAUUAAAGAGAAUGUUUUUCAGAUAGAAAACAACCUCUUGAUUGCAUAACAAUGAGGGAAAAAAAAAAGCCUGUUUAUGUCAAAGUAACAAAACUGUGGAGAAAAGAAUCAUAUAAGCAAAAUAGUUCUCUUCUAAAUCUGCCUUUUUGAAAGCAAUUUGAUUCAGCAGCUUCCUGAAGAAAGCAUUUUAUAGAUAUAUUUGCUAGUAAUUUACAUAAAAAAUUCUUUACUAACACUUCACCCACUUCACUUUUUUUUUUUUUU